UCUUUUUCUUUCUUGGAUACUGAGAGAGAAGGUUCAGAGAGAGAGAGAAAGAGAUACCAGGCAUAGGGAAAGGAAAAGGGCAGGGGUCUCAGAAGCCGAACCGCGCAUGCCUGAGCGGCUCCGGCUCCAGGUUAGGAGCCAGGCCCAAUUCAAGACAAUCAGAGCCAUAACCAAACCCUAGCAAGCAAUGUCAAAGCCAUGGGGUGGUGGCAUCACCUCAUGGGCUGCGGAAACGGAGCUUGCUGAAGCUGAGGAGCAGGAGCAGCUCGAGCUCCAGCGUGCUGCGGCCGCCCCUGCCGAGCCGAGCUUCCCAACCCUCAGAGAGGCCACUGCCUCGAAGCCGAAGAAGAAGAAGCAGGUCCUGUCUCUUUCUGAGUUCGCAACUCGUUUGAGUUUGGCUCCUGGUUCAAGAAGGGACUAUGAGGCCAAGGGGUUAACGGCUGAUGAGUUGAUGAGAUUGCCCACUGGCCCUAAAGAAAGGUCACAAGAGGAACUCGAACAAGGUAGGUUAGGUGGUGGGUUCAGGUCUUAUGGCACAAGCUAUGGGCCAGGCUCAAGUCGAGGUGGGGGACGAGGAUUUGGUAGAGACAGAGGGGAUGACAACAACGAGGGGUCAUGGAGUAGUGGGAGAAGGGCAUUUGGCCGAGGGUUUGAUGACGAGCGGCGGUCAUCUAGGGUUUCUGAUUUUGAGCCUCUGCCUCCAUCAAGAGCAGAUGAGGUUGAUAGCUGGGUGGGCGCCAAAAAGACAGUUCUCCCUCCCCCUGAGCGGCGUAGUAGUGACCACCGGGUGGGGUCUCGAGCUGAUGAGGUGGACAAUUGGCUCUCUGCAAAGAAGACGACAGCAGCACCACCAACGCGAUCAGAUCGAUGGGGCGCUCGAAGGGAAUUGGACUCUGAUGUUGGGGGCCGGCCGAGACUUGUGCUCGACCCUCCUCGUGGGGAGGUUUUCAUCAUGGAGGAGCCGGUGAGGGCUCGGCCAAGCCCUUUUGGCGUGGCGAGGCCGAGAGAGGAGGUGUUGGCGGAGAAAGGGGUGGAUUGGAGGAAGAUGGAGACUGAGAUUGAAGUGAAGAAGGUCGGUUCACAGUCAGGAAGUAGGCCAGGGAGCUCACAGUCAAGCAGGCCGGGGAGCCCAGGGGCGGAUACUGGUGUGAGGCUGAGGGCAAGGGUGAAUCCAUUUGGGGAUGCAAAGCCAAGGGAGGUGCUGCUGCAGGAGCAAGGCAAGGAUUGGCGGAAGAUGGAUUUUGAGCUCGAGCAUCGUGGGGUUGGCAGACCGGAGACUGAGGAGGAGAAGUUGUUGAAGGAUGAGAUAAACAAUUUGAAGAAAGAACUGGCGAAAGAAGCUGAGCUGAACUUUGGAAAGGAAGCAUCUGAAGAACAUAUGGGCCUGCAAGAACUAGUUGCAAAGAAAGAGAAAGAGCUAGAAUUACUGAUACGAGAGUUAGAUGACAAGGUUCGGUUUGGGCAGAGAGGCAUCGAGAGAACUGGCUCUGCAGCAAGCGGGUUUGGAACUGGUUUUGAUAGGCCUCCAUCUCGACCAGGAACCUCGGAGGGUUCAAGAAGCAUGGAUCUCACUGAAAGGCCUCGAUCUCGAGGAGCUGCAGAUUUGUGGACUAGGGCUGGUGAUGAUAGAAGAGGUAGAGAGAGAGGGUUUCUUGGAAGCAGGGAUUCUGACAGGCCCAAGUCGAAAGAAAGGUGGUGAAGCGACUGGUGAAAAUUCAUUGUUUUCUUUUUUUUAAACACCUAUACAGAAUAAUGUGUCCCCCUCUCCUGGUCUGUUUUUGUGUUUGGAUUCUUCCUGCAAAGUGCUGGGUGGUAAAAUGGAGAAAGACUUGUUAUAAUUUAUUGCCUACCUUGAUACGGUGUAAAAUUACAUUUUUCCAUGUCAAGGCGAGCAACCUCGUGCUGUUCUUGACUUCCUGGUCAUUUGAGUUGGUUUUCGUGAUCUGUGGCUUGAUAUUGUGCCAAUGCAUUUUUCUUUCACGUA